AUGGAUCCUGUACCUGUUCGGUGUCUUCUAAACAGCAUAUCUCGGUAUCUUCAUCUGGUCGCUUGCCAGACCAUAAGAUGUAAUCCCAUCCAAACAUGUAUUGGCAAUGUGGUUCUCUUGUUGAAGCUCUUGAAACCCUUGCUGGAUGAAGUUGUUGAUUGCAAAAUACCUUCUGAUGACGGCUUAGAUAAAGCGUGCGAAGACCUAGAUUCCGUUGUUAACGAGGCUAGAGAGUUCUUAGAGGACUGGUCCCCUAAGUUGAGCAAGCUCUUUGGUGUGUUUCAGUGUGAGGUUUUGUUGGGAAAGGUCCAGACUUGUUCACUGGAUAUUAGUCAGAUGCUUCUUAAGUUAUCAGAGUCAAGUCCGGUUACUUCAAGCGUACAAGGUGUUGAGCGUUGUGUGCAGGAGAUUGAGAGUUUUAGGCAAGAGAAGACAGUAACUGAACACAUGGAGAAUGCUUUACGGAAUCAGAAAGAUGAUCUUGUUGCACCUUUAGAUAAUCAUGAUCUAGACAUCAUUAUUCAAAUGGUGGGAUUGACAUCAAACCAAGACCUCUUAAAGGAGAGCAUUGCUGUGGAGAAGGAGAGGACAAGAUCUUUGGCAGCUAAGUCAAAAGCCAAAACGGAGCAAGUCGACCAAUUGGUAGAUCUUGUCUUGUGCAUCCGUGAACACAUGCUUAAAACCGAGUUUCUUGAAGUGGCUAAAGGUAUCUCGAUACCUCCGUACUUCCGAUGUCCUUUGUCAACGGAGCUCAUGCUGGAUCCGGUGAUAGUAGCUUCAGGACAGACAUUUGACAGAACAUCCAUCAAGAAGUGGCUUGAUAACGGGUUAGGUGUUUGUCCGAGGACGAGGCAGGUGCUGACUCAUCAAGAACUCAUUCCCAACUACACGGUCAAGGCUAUGAUUACGAGUUGGUUGGAGGCAAAUAGUAUCAACCUUGCUGUUAACUCUGUUAAUCAGUAUGAUGCUGGUGAUGCUUCAUCCAUGGCUAAUAACUUGGGUUCUCAAGACUUUAACCGCACCGAGAGCUUUCGUUUCUCUCUAAGGAGCAGCAGUUUUACUUCGAGAUCGUCUCUUGAGACCGGAAAUGGGUUUGAGAAGCUAAAGAUCAACGUGCCUGCAAGUCUAUGCGGGGAGACUCAAAGCAAAGAUCUUGAGAUUUUCGAACUUUCUUCUCCGGGACAGUCUUAUACUCACAGCAGGAGUGAAUCAGUUUGCAGCAUUGUCUCUUCUGUUGAUUACGUUCCUUCUGUGACAGAAAGUGUUCCAGAGAAUCACCAGAGCUACAGUGAGAUGUCUCCCAAGAAAGACUCGGAAAGUUCAAGAAACGUUGGUCAUGAAUGUUCUGUACAGAACUUAGAUGAUUCAGGAACAAUGAUGGAUUCACAUUUUACAAAACUCGUUGAAGAUCUUAAGUGUGGAACUAGCAAAGAGAAGACUGCUGCUGCAGCUGAAAUACGUCAUCUCACCAUUAGCAACGUUGAGAAUCGUCUUCACAUCGGGCGUUGCGGUGCUGUUCCUCCACUGCUGUCACUUUUGUACUCUGAAGAAAAGGUAACGCAAGAACAUGCAGUCACUGCUCUUCUGAAUCUUUCCAUUAGUGAGCUAAACAAAGCCAAGAUUGCUGAAGCUGGAGCUAUAGAGCCGCUUGUUCAUGUUUUGAACACAGGAAGCGACAGAGCCAAAGAGAAUUCAGCAGCAACGUUGUUCAGUCUGUCUGUUUUGCAAGUCAACAGGGAACGUAUAGGGCAGUGUAACGCGGCGAUACAGGCUCUGGUGAAUCUUCUUGGCAAGGGAACGUUUAGAGGGAAGAAAGAUGCUGCCUCUGCCUUGUUCAAUCUCUCGAUAACUCAUGAGAACAAGGCUCGGAUCGUGCAAGCUAAAGCUGUUAAGUAUCUUGUGGAGCUGUUGGAGCCAGAUUUUGAGAUGGUUGAUAAAGCAGUUGCUCUUCUUGCAAAUCUUUCUGGGGUUGGAGAAGGGCGUCAAGCUAUUGUGAGGGAAGGAGGGAUUCCGUUGCUUGUUGAGACUGUUGACUCAGGAUCUCAGAGAGGGAAAGAGAAUGCAGCUUCUGUGCUGCUUCAGCUGUGUCUGAACAGUCCAAAGUUUUGCACUUUGGUAUUGCAAGAAGGUGCAAUCUCUCCACUUGUUGCCUUGUCUCAGUCUGGCACACAGAGAGCAAAAGAGAAGGCACAACAACUUCUUAGCCAUUUCCGAAACCAGCGAGAAGCAAGGAUGAAGAAAAGUAGGUCAUGA